CCAUCUCUCCCAGUGCUCCCACCCAGUCCAGCCCCGGCGCAUCCAGGCUCCAGUAGGGGAACCACGUACUUUUUUCUUGCAGACCUCUUCCAGGAUCUGAGCCAGCUGCAGGAGACUUGGCUGACCGAAGCUCAGGUUCCAGACAGCGAUGAGCAAUUUGUGCCUGACUUUCAUUCAGAAAACUUAGCUUUUCACAGUCCUCCUGCUAAAGUUAAGAAGGAGCCACAGAGUCCCUCUUCGGACCCCGCACUGUCCUGCAGCCAUAAGCAGCCAUUUCGGUACCGCAAUGGCGAGCAGUGCCUUUAUGCCAGUGCCUAUGAUCAAACCAGACAAGCUGGAAUCAAGUCCCCAGACCCAGGAACCCCGAUACAGUCACCACUUCAACACUUCCCUAGGCAGGACAGGAGCUUCCUGAGCCUGCAGGGUCCAUCCCGACCCACUUCCAGCCGUGGCUACCUCAUGGAACACAGCUCCAUCUACCAGCCACCUGUGGAGAUGUGCCAUUCUUUCCCCUCCUCCCAGAGCACGGGCCGAGAAGCCCCAGUUGCCUACCAGCGCCAGAUGUCUGAGCCCUGCCUGCAGUACCCUCAGCAGGGCUUUAAACAGGAGUACCACGACCCAACGUAUGAGCAAGCAAACCAGAUGGGGGGCAGCAGCACCCGCCAGUACCCAGCAGGCUUGGUGAUCAAGCAAGAGCAGACCGACUAUGCAUAUGACUCAGAUGCUGGCUGUCCUUCCAUGUACAUGAACACUGAGGGCUACCGAAGCCAUUCACAUACUGAAGGGCCGUUAGGAUAUGGCUAUGACAAGCAAAUGAGGCCAUUCUCUGAAGAUGUCUGUGUUGUUCCAGAAAAAUUUGAAGGAGACAUCAAGCAGGAAGUCGGCGGGUACCGGGAAGGACCCCCAUACCAGCGGCGGGGUUCUCUCCAGCUUUGGCAGUUCCUGGUGGCUUUACUGGACGAUCCCACCAACUCCCACUUCAUUGCAUGGACUGGCAGAGGGAUGGAGUUCAAACUCAUCGAGCCAGAAGAGGUAGCGAGGCUUUGGGGCAUCCAAAAGAACCGGCCCGCCAUGAACUAUGACAAGCUGAGCCGGUCCCUUCGCUACUAUUAUGAGAAGGGCAUCAUGCAGAAGGUUGCUGGAGAGCGCUAUGUAUACAAGUUUGUUUGUGAGCCCGAAGCCCUCUUCUCCCUGGCCUUCCCAGACAAUCAGCGGCCUACCCUGAAAGCUGAGUUCGAUCGGCAGGUCAGCGAGGAAGAUACAGUUCCCCUGUCCCACCUGGAUGAGAAUGCUGCAUACAUGCAGGACCUUGGGAGUCUUCCUUCCCAACCUUACAACAAAGGCUACACAUACUAAUACCAUUGGGUCCUUAAUGUAGCCCUUGUGUGUGUAUAUAUGGAGAUGUUUGGUUAGUAUUCAGUAUAGGAGCUAUCCUGGACCAGCCUGGGGCUGUACUAGGCUUUAUGAAUAGCUGCAUCAGUCUGGCAGAGAUGCCCAUCCUCAGACAACCAGCCAGCAGCCCCAUGACAGGGCCCCUAAACUUGGUGAGGCAGAACUGGUUCUCUCACCAACACAAAAAACUUCCAGUGGACAGGCUAACGAUGCUGGCAGCAGCAUACAGAGUCUGUGCCAUCUACAGCCAAAGCAUGAUCCUGUCACAUUCCCUGUGACUGUCCUGGAGCUCCAGCUGAGGGGUCUAGGGAAGGAAAUAGGUCCCCCUGGGCUUUGCCUCUGACUUUAUGAUGCUCCAACACUGCUCUUAAUUCUCUUCCCCACAACACACACAGAGCCCCCACCUAACCUUUCCCUCCCCCACAUAAGCAAUGUUCUUGCCUGCGCUCACACGCAUGCUGGCAACGGGUGUUCAUUCUAUCCCGAUGAGCCACUGGGCAUGGGAGGUUUCCAGUGUCAUGUUUUCAUAUAGAUGCUUUCUGAGAACAGGGAAUAUUUGCUCUCCUGUAUGUGCUUGCUCCUGCCUUGGUGCCUCCUUGCUCAUAAUACUUUAUACAUGGGCUAUUUUGUGUGCUAAGCCUGAUGUCACUAUGGGAGAGGACUGGCUGCUACUGGCCAGUGCCAUUGUGUUCUGGGUUGCAGCAUGGCAGCAAAUGCUGCUGUGGGUAAACCAGAAGCCCCCUCAUAUUUCCCCUUCCAGGCUGGCCUGUGGCUCUAAACUUAUGUAACCUCACAGAUUACUAUGAAUUGACACAGCUGGUGAAGCUAAGCCAGAGAGCAACACAGAGAGAGAGAUUUGGAGCCCUUGCACUCCAAUCCUGCCUAAGGGCCAUCGUACUCCAAGCUCUAUGACCAAGCUACUUGCUGGCUGCUGAUUCCUCCAGCCCAAGCUGGGCCUGCACAUGGCAGACAGGUUCUUCCAGACUGAACAGCUUCCUCCAAAGUCAUUCUCAGCAGUUUCUACAACUCCAUCAAGUGCUGGUCAUACCUUCCUUACCUGGACAUGGCAGAGAAAUCUUGGGCACUAGAAAAUCAUCUCAACAGCUGGUGGGGGAGGGAGAUGGUGAGCCAACUGCUUUACA